CAAUUCUUUCUCCUUUUACCUUGCAAUAAGCAAUGACCAAAGGCAAAAGAGAUAAACCAACUAGAAAAGAACGACGUACGAAAAAGAAUCAAAUUCUAUUGGAUGUUGAUAGUGAAGGACAAGAUUUAGAAACACAAUUGAAACGACUUGGAUUAACAACCAAAUGCAUUACUGGUGAUGGCAAUUGUCUUUUCCGUGCAUUAUCCGAUCAAUACUAUGGUUAUGAUAAACAUCAUCGAUCGAUUCGACAAGAAGUAUGUCAGUACUUACAACAGCAUAAGGAAACAUAUCAAUAUUUUGUGGAAGAUGAUAUCCCUUUCGAUCGGUAUAUAGCUAACUUACAGCAAGAUGGUUUUUUCGGUGGACAUAUGGUGAUAGUAGGCUUUGCGAAAUUAAGACAAGUAGAUAUUAAAGUCUAUCAGCCUGGCAUGAUUUAUGUUAUUAGUGGAAUAGAUGAGGAUGUGGAAGAAGAAAAUAAUGAUGAUGAUGAUGAUGAUACUGGUCGUCAAAUAUUACAUAUCGCAUAUCAUAGUUGGGAACAUUAUAGUUCAAUAAGGAAUGUGGAUGGACCUUAUAGUGGUAUGCCGGAGAUCAAGACCCUAAAUCCAAGCAGCUCUACUGUCAUUGAUACCAAGGGAAACAGUGAUGGACAUACCAGCGAUGAUAAUAAUAAUGAAGUCUCUCCUGACUCGAAAGAAAAGGUGAUUUUGAAUGCUUGCCCUGGUACCAAUAUCCGAAAAAUACGACGGCUGUUACGGAAAUACAAAGGCAAUCCUGACAAAGUGAUCGACGUGCUUUAUGAAUCCAGCAACAGUGAUAAAGAGACCAAAACUCCUAUGAUGGAUACUAGUACGACAGUUAUUGAUGAUGAUAACAAUAAUAACAAGCUUAUCAGUGAAAAGGAGCAACAACAAUGUGUACAAGAAGAAGAAGAAACCACAUCAGCGCCAAGCAAUCAAGGGACAAUGAAGAAGAUGCAAACUGAAAAGUCUACACCAAAACGAAUAUCAGCACGAGAUCGUAAAUACCAAACAAAAAUGCGACAAAAGGAAAAACAGAGGGAAAAGAAACAACAAUUGGCCAGUAAGCAUACUUCCAAAGCAAUGAACGAUACAUCCAACGAUACCGACAAAACAGCAAAUAUGCAACAAUCAAUGAAGCAAUUGUAUAUUUAGGCAACAACAACAAAAAAAAUAGUAGAUAGAUUAGGAUAGAUUAUAAUAGAAUAUUAAAUUUUAAUUUAUUUAUAGAUGAUGACAUUUUGACA